AUGUACACGUGUUUCUUGGGAUACCGAACGUCUGAUCCGUCAAACUUGUGCGUGGUGACCGAGAACGUGGACGUGAAAUACACGGGGAGCGCCGUGGUGACCGGCCCCUGUCGGUACGAGCUCCGCGACUUGACAGGUGCAACGCAGUUUUCUUUCUUCUUUGAAGAUUCAAAAGUGACGGUGUUUUCAUCGGUACCGCUCAGAACACUCUUGCACCUUGAGGGGCGUCACUUCGUGAUGCUGACCACGACGCUGGAGGUGGGAUAUUCAUAUCCCUUCUUGCUUUUGGGCUGCACCAGCGACUCCCUGGACUUCGUGAUGGCAGAUCUUGACGGCUGCGACGGCAGCGCGAUCGCCACGUGUUCACAAACAGAAACGAUCGAACUAAACUACGCCCUCUACAUCAUGAAAUACUGUGACUGGAGAUGUGACAAGGCAGUGUGUGUGACCCCCCCAAAGCUGUGCUCCGUCAUGAUGUCCGGCGUGAUCGACAAACUCCAGGUACGACACAUGAUAAAAGAUCGCUGCGCCUACACGCUGCUGCUCAAGGACCAGGUGUCGCUGGCGGCCGUUUUCAGGGAUCAGCGGCGUCGAGACGUUCCUCUGCUGGACCAUCUGGAGCUCAGCGUGGGGCCCUCAAACUUCAGGCUGGGCCCUGGAGCAGCGCUGCAGGUGAACGGUGCUGUGGUGAACAUUGGUGAGGUUCCGCUGCCUGAGGGGGUCAGUGUCUCCAGAGGAUCCAGCGGCGUCUUGCUCCUCGUCCCCAACGUCUUUGAGCUGAUCUUUGACGGCUUCUCCGCAGUGAUAAAGCUCCUCGACGAGACUGUGUCUGGUCUGUGCUCUGGAGCUCUACUCGUGCAUGAAGCCAAGUCCACGACUCUGAGCGAGGAAGGAUGUGACAUGUUCUUCCAAGACGAACCAGACCCGACUGUCGACUGUGAGAACGCCACACACCAGUGUAAUCACCUGAACGACCUGUACGGCUUUUGUAAUCUGGACGUCUCCUCGUUUUACGUCGCCUGCAUCGACACUCUGUGCCGUUACCCCCUCGUGGACGGGCUGGACUGCGCCGCGCACCAGGCCUACGCCACCGCCUGCUCCUUCGUGGACAACACCCCCCCCGACUGGAGGAGCUUCGUCCCGUGUGGGUCGGAGGUCGGCGUCUGUCUGGACACUUCCUGUAGUGAACAUGAGUUUUGUGGAAUUCAGACGAACAAAGAAACGUGUCUCUGCCGCAGCCUGUUCACCUCCAACCACACCCUAGGUGAGCCCGCCGUGUGCAGUCAUAACUCCGCCUCCCUGACUUUCGCCGCGUGCCUAUUGGCCGAGAGAGGCGUGGACUACGAGCUGUUGCACCUGAACGAUCCGUCGUGCACCGGGCAGCUGGACCAGAACCACAUGAUCACGUUUUCCUUCGACUUGGCGAACACGUGCGGCGCCGAAAUCACCAGCGAGAACGAGCAGCUCUGGUUUAAGAACAAAGUGACGUUCCAGAACCAAACGAGCGUCAUCACCCGAGAAAACCAGUUUGAGCUGGACUUCUCCUGCUUCUACAACCAGCCCCAGAUCAGGACCGUGGCCCUCAAGAUCAAGGACAGCUCUGUGGUCCUGUCCGUGUUUGGACUCUGGUCUUAUAAUCUCACCAUGAGGGUCUAUCUGGACCAGAACCGGACCAUCCCGGUGACGCCCGAGACCGAGCUCCCACUGGACCUGCCCGUCUGGGUCCAGCUCAGCGCCGACGGACUGAACCCGGACCAGGUCUCCCUCAUGACGGACGCCUGCUGGGCCACGAACCAACCAACGCCCGACUCCACGCCCCGAUACGACCUGGUCCUGAACGGAUGUCCAAACCCGUCGGACUUGACUGUGAAAGUUUUUGAAAACGGUUUUGGAGUCUUGAACUUUUUCGUCUUCAACACGUUCGAGUUCACGGGACUCGACUCCAAAGUUUUCCUCCACUGUCAAGUGUCUCUGUGUGUGCUACAACUACACAACUGUGUCCCUGUGUGUGGAGGAGCACGGCGUCGUCGGUCCACCUUUAAAGACCCAAACCCCGGCCUCAUCUCCAUGACCUGGACUGAGUAGCACCAGGUCGUGUCCCCAAAUGUCCCGGAGGAGUUUGUGAGGACCGAGCUUCAGCUUCAGCUUCAGGUCCAUCGCACGAGCCUCUAGUCGACUCGGAUGAUUCAUGUUUUAUUCUUUCUGUUUUUAAAUCAGUUUAUUUGAAUGAGUCGAGAAUUAAACACAGUUUCAGCAAGUC